AUGAAUCGAAACAUUGAUCCUUCUAAAAUGUUCGACCGAAAAGCUCGACGUAACGAAAAGGCUAGACAAAGAUAUGCCUCUUUAACUGAGGAGCAGAAAGAAAUCCAACGGAAAAAACGCCGUGAUACCUAUAAAAGUAAAAAAGAAAAGACAAAGACUACUUUUACCUCCUCGUUAGUAUUGAGAGGAAAAGAUGAUGAGCACACCAGUAAUAAGCAACUGUUACAGCAGGCUUUUCGCAUUCAGGAACCUAACUGUGGUCAUAAGCACCACAGUGAGGCAGUUCCUGGAGACAAAGUUGAAGGUAAUCGAAGGCAGAAGGAGCAUGUUUCAGAAUUUUCAACAUAUCACAAAGACCAACCACCCAUCUGCAACUCUUGCUAUAGCUUGCUUUCUGAAGCAAUGGAGGAUCUAACAGGAUAUUCAGUUGAACCUAAACGUUCAAGAGAAGCUAAACAUAUGUCAAGACGAAGGUGUAAACAGAAUUCAGUUAAAAGCUGUGGGGAAGACCAAAAUGCUUCGAUUAGGAAACAAAACAAUGUACGCAAACAACAUAAAAGGGUGGUGACGGGAAUUGAGGCAUUAUCUUCGAUAAGCUUGGAAGCUGAUAGAUUACCAGAGCAACAGAAUUGCAAGUACUGCGGAGCCAAAAAAUUUUAUUCUGAGUCUGCAAACUUUUGUUGCUCUGAUGGAGAAGUAGUCUUAGAAGAGAAUAAAAUGCCAGACAUAUUAAUAGAGCUAUUUACUGGUGAAACUGAAGAAGCAAUUUGUUUCAGAACCUAUUUAUACUUUCAUGAUACUGAACAUGAAAUCGCAAAUCGAUUGGCUUUUUCAACAAAACUAACUGAGAGCAUAGUGGUGAAACUCAUGGAACUCAUGAAAAGUAACCCUUAUGCCUGCUUUUUCCGAAGCCUGAGACAUGUUCCAGACUUGAACAAUUAUCAAAUAGUCCUGAAAUCUUACUGUCAAACUGAUCAGCGAGUCUUUAACAAGCCAACAGUAUCCCAAGUAGCUGCACUGUGGGUUGAAGGUGAAAACUCACAGGACAGCUAUGCUAGACACAUUCAAGUAUACACAAAAGAGGGUCAAAGCCGUAGAAUUCAAUAUUACUAUGGCUGUUAUGAUCCAUUGCAGUAUCCACUUCUAUUUCCCUUUGGCGAAACAGGGUGGCAACCUGGAAUUCAGAGAUCUGGCACUGGUAAUCCAAAAAAAAGGAAAAGGUCAGUUAGAAAUCAUCAACAGACUGCAACUUUAACAAGCUUCAGAUCUGCCGAAGAUAUAAUAGAAUCAGAAGAGAAAGCUUUCAAAAACUUUGAGAAUUCAAAGGAGAAUGUGUCCAUGCGUGAAUACUAUGCAUAUAGGUUCCAGAUGAGGGAGAAAAAUAAACCAAGUAUUCUUAAUACUGCCCGUGCAUUUCAACAGUAUGUAGUGGACAUGUACGUAAAAAUUGAGAGUCAAAGGCUUGAUUUUUUCCGGCAUAGGCAACAACAAAUUAGGACUGAGCAAUUACAGGGUGUCAUGGAUUCUGUAGUUGAGGGCCAAUGUAGAGGUUCAAAAGUAGGGCAACGAGUAAUUUUGCCAGCAUCUUUUAUAGGAGGUCCUCGUGAUAUGAAAAGAAGGUAUGUUGAUGCUAUGGCCUUAGUUCAAAAAUUCGGAAAACCUGACAUUUUUUUAACAAUGACUUGUAACCCAUCAUGGCCAGAAAUAAAAGAAAACUUACUGCCCACUGAUGAGUCUCAAAACCGUGUUGAUCUUUCUGCUAGAGUUUUUCAUGCCAAAUUAGAAAUUUUAAAAGAAGAGUUGUUUAAAAAAGAGGUAUUGGGUAAAGUAGCUGCUUACACCUAUGUUGUUGAAUUCCAAAAACGUGGGUUGCCGCAUGCACAUUUCUUAAUAAUUUUACACCCAGCGUCUAAAUUAUAUUCAACGGAAUCCUAUGAUCACAUAGUUUCUGCUGAGAUUCCAGACAAAAAAGAGCAUCCACACUUGUUUAAAAUGGUUCGCAAGCACAUGAUGCAUGGUCCUUGUGGCGACAAAAAUGCAGAUAAUGUGUGUAUGCAAGGUACAACAGUUAAAAAAUGCAAAAAUCAUUAUCCUAAACAGUGGGCAGAAAAAACUACACAAUCUGAAAAUUCUUAUCCAACAUAUAGGCGGAGGAGCAAUGGAGAAAAGGUAAAAGUUCGAGGCCAUGAAUUGGAUAAUAGAUGGGUAGUUCCAUAUAAUCCUUACUUGUUAGCAAAAUUCAAUUGCCAUAUGAAUGUUGAAAUUUGCUCAACAAUAAAGGUAGUCAAGUAUACUUAUAAGUACAUAUAUAAGGGACAUGAUAAAAUACACUUUGCUGUGAAUUCAGAUGACAGAUCUAAAGAGAUAGAUGAAAUUAAGGAGUACCAAUCAGCAAGAUGGGUUUCUCCUAUUGAAGCCAUUUGGCGAAUUUACAGAUUUCCCUUAUUUGAAACACAUCCUGCUGUCAUUAACCUUCAGCUACAUCUUGAAAAUUACCAAUCUCUGACCUUCAAAGAUGAUGCUGAUCUUAGAGAUCUUUUGAAAAGUAAAUUUGCUAAGAAAAGUAUGCUAACUGAAUUUUUCCAUAUGAAUGCUACUGAUGAGAGAGCCAAAACAUUGAAAUGCACAUACAAAGAAUUUCCUGAACAUUUUGUGUGGAAACCUGGUAAACGCAUAUGGGAUAUUAGGCAACAAAGAGGUUCAAUAGGCCGAAUUGUUACAGCAAAUCCAAGUGAGGGUGAGAGGUACUUCUUAAGAUUAUUGUUAUUGAAUGUAAAAGGGCCAACAUCAUUUGAUGACCUGAAAACUGUCGAUGGUGUUUAUGUUAAUACCUUUAGAGAAGCAGCAAUAAUGAGAGGAUUAUUUGAAUCCAAUAACCCUCAAGAGCAGUGCCUAGAAGAAGCAGCUUUAUACCACAUGCCAUAUAGCUUUAGAAGACUAUUUGCUACCCUAUUAGUUUACUUCACUCCUGCUGAUCCAAGAAGUUUAUGGUUAAAAUUCAAAGAAUCUAUGUCAGAAGAUUUCAAUAGAACUUUGAAUUUGUCAAACGAUCAGGUCCAACAUAAAGUUCUCUAUGAGAUUAGCAAGUUCUUAGAAUCAAUGGGAAAAAACAUUAAUAUGUAUGGAUUAGUACCACGAAUCUUAAAGUUUGAUGAAAUGGAUAGAGGUACAAGAGACACAAAUUCUGAGCUAAACUUUAAAGUCAAUGAAGAAGAUAUUGCUGCUAUCUCUAAAUUAAAUGAGGAUCAAAAAGUAGCAUUUGAUACUAUCAUAGAUGCUGUUUUUAUACACAGCAAAGGAAGUUUCUUUAUUGAUGGGCCUGGGGGAACAGGGAAAACAUUCUUGUACCGUGCACUACUAGCUGCAGUUAGAUCAAAGGGAUGUAUAGCUUUGGCAACGGCCUCUUGUGGAGUAGCUGCUUCUAUCUUACCUGGAGGUAGAACAGCCCACUCACGAUUUAAAAUUCCUUUAGACAUGAAUCCUAACAACAUGUGCAAAGUAAGCAAACAAAGCUCAUUGGCAAAGUUAUUACAGCAAGCCAAAUUGAUCAUUUGGGAUGAAGCGCCUAUGACACAUAGAGCAGGAAUUGAGGGAGUAGAUCGUUUACUUAGAGACCUAAUGGAUAACUCUGAAUUAUUUGGGUCAAAAGUGAUGGUAUUUGGUGGUGAUUUUAGGCAAGUUCUGCCGGUAGUUGUAAAAGGGUCAAAAUCAGACUUUAUCGAAGCUAGCCUUGUAAAAUCUUAUAUUUGGCCUCAUCUGCAGAAAUUAAAAUUGAAGGAAAACAUGAGAGCAAGAUUAGAUCCUGAUUUUAGCAAGUACCUUCUUCGUAUAGGUAAUGGAACAGAAAACACAGUUAAAAAUGAAAGUAUUCACAUCUCUCAAGCAUUGCUUCUUCGCUAUACAAAUGAAGCAGAAUCCAUAAAUCAAUUGAUUACAACUGUCUAUCCAAACUUCAACAUAUUUUCUGAAAAUACAUACUCAUUAAUUAAUAGAGCAAUUUUAACUACAAAAAAUGAUUUUGUAGAUCAGAUCAAUGAAAAAUUGAUACAGGAAUUUCCCGGAACCCCAUUUGACUAUUUAAGCAGAGAUAAAUGUUUAGAUAAUUCGCAGCAAGCAAUUUUAGAGGACUUCAUGAAUAGCCACACUCCAAAUGGUUUUCCUCCACAUCGAUUGACAUUGAAAGAAAAUGCACCAAUAAUGUUGUUGAGAAACAUUGACCCACCAGAAGGUCUAUGUAAUGGAACAAGACUUCUAUGCAAAUCACUUAAACACAAUAUUAUAGAUGCAGUCAUAAGUUCUGGUGAAUUUGCUGGGAAGCAAGUAUUUCUACAUAGAAUUUGCUUUCGUGUUGAAAAUGACCCUAAUUCUCCUAUAUCUUUUGAACGAAUGCAAUUUCCUAUAAGACUUUGUUUUGCAAUGACCAUUAAUAAAGCUCAAGGGCAAACUUUAGAUUAUGUUGGCAUUUAUUUGCGAGAACCUGUUUUUUCACAUGGGCAGCUGUAUGUUGCAUUAUCUAGAGCUAAAAAUAGCAAAUCUGUUAAAAUUUUGAUCACACCUCCUGUAUAUGAUUCAAGUUUAGAUUAUGUGACUCCUAAUAUAGUUUACAAGGAUUUGUCUGCAGCACUCUUCAAACGUCAAAAAAUGGAAAGCAACCUGGUAAACUUCACAGAACUCCAACCUCUCAUGGACAACUGGACUGCCAUUGUUCAAGUGAUUGAAAAGCAAAAGGUUCAGGUUUCAAGAAAUGGAAAACGCUACCAAAAGUUGGUGUUUGUUGAUAGUCAGGGUCAAACUGCUCAAGCUCUAAUUUAUGCUGGAGAUAUAAUGUUCUUCAGGAAGUACUUUGAACCAUAUCGAAGAUAUUAUGUAUCGAAUGCUAGGAUUCAAAAUGUGUUGCCAAGGUACAGUACGUACCCAAAUGAGUGCUCAUGGACCAUUGACAACUCCACGCUUGUCCAAGAAAUCGAUGAAGUGGACCCCCCUCUGAUACCUAAUGUGUUUAACUUUGCUGACUACGAUUCAGUUUAUCAGCACAUUGACACAACUGAUGAAAUAGGUACCAUUCCUGAUUUACCUUAA